UGUGGUUUAGACGUGACAAGUAAAUGUGAUUUAUUUUCACACGAAAACCUAUGCCGUUCUGAUAAAUUAAAUUUAUUGAAAAUUAGCCCGAUAUUUGUGUCGGCAUUCAGUGAACAUGAAAAUCCUUUUAGUUUUAUUGAGCUUUAUUGCAUUGAGCGGUGUGUAUUAUGUCAGCGGACAGAGUAAAACCAAAAAUGCACAAUCGUUGAAUGAUAAAGUGCAGCAGUUGCUGGACAUGAAUAUGAAACGAUCUGUCCUUAAAUUCAAUGGCAAUAAAUUUAAGGAUUUCGUUAAGACCGCCCCUAGAAACUACUCGAUGAUUAUUAUGUUCACUGCCAUGGCCCCAGCUAGACAAUGCGUUAUUUGUCGUCAUGCCCACGACGAAUUCACCAUAGCGGCUAAUUCGUACAGACACUCGAGUGCCUACAGCAACAAACUAUUUUUCGCUAUGAUCGAUUUCGACGAAGGCUCAGACGUGUUCCAACUUUUGCGUCUGAACACCGCUCCAGUGUUCAUGCAUUUCCCUGCUAAGGGUAAACCGAAGGGUGCCGACACCAUGGACAUUCAACGAAUCGGAUUCUCCGCUGAGUUAAUAUCGAAAUGGAUCCAGGAACGUACUGACAUUCAAAUCCGCAUUUUCCGUCCGCCAAACUAUUCCGGAACGGUUGCCGUCGUCAUGUUAAUGUCACUCGUUGCCGGUUUCUUGUAUCUGAGACGAAAUAAUCUCGAAUUUCUGUACAACAAACAAUUGUGGAGUCUGUUGGCUGUGAUGUUUUGCUUCAUUUUCGUUUCCGGUCAGAUGUGGAACCAUAUUCGCAGUCCGCCGUUCGUGCACAAAAGCUCAACCGGUGGCGUUAGUUACAUUCACGGAUCGUCGCAAGGACAACUGGUUGUUGAGACUUACAUCGUUAUGUUCUUGAAUGCAAUGAUUGUUCUCGGCAUGAUCAUGUUGACCGAAUCCGGUAGUCAGACUGAUAUGAAAAAGGGACGAAUAAUGGCCGUUGUUGGUCUGGUAUUGGUGUCGGUAUUUUUCUCCUCGAUAUUGUCGGUAUUCCGAACGAAAGCGCAAGGGUACCCGUACAGUUUCCUCUUCAAGUAGAAAUGAUCAAAUUUAAAGCAAAACACAAACAAAGUUUAAUGUGAUGGAACUCAUGGUUUGACGUGUUUUUUACAA